AUGACUGCGUUUCGUCCGAUGAGUGAGAAAGCCGGUUGCCCUUUCCCUGUUCCCAACCUUUCCUUAUAUUUCCUUAUUCCCAACCCCCCCUUUUCCUCCACAAUUGAACUCCUAUCAUUGUUGUGGAAUACAUGCAAUUACUAUCGUCAAUUCGCUCCACAAGUGGCAUCACAUAUUAAAGAAAAGCGUGCGCCCAUAGAAAAGAAGUUGAAGGACAUGUUCAAAAUCUGCACCUGGGACAGAGACCUCAGCUACUGGAGUGUGAAGGACGUAGACGUAGUAGACGUAGUAGACAAGGCUCAUAAAGCUUUACACAAACACACCAAGGAGUUUGAGGAAUACGAAUACCAGCUCGAACAGCCUUGUCAAUUAAUACAAGUGAACAGUCUCCUGGCAAAGAUUCCGAGUCUGCUGAACAAAGCUCGAACAUUUUGUAAGGACAGCAUCGCUAACACGGGCUACCCCGCGCUACUACAUGCUUGGACGACUUUGUAG